AUGGUCGAAACAAAAUCCGAUACAUCUGACCUUCAGCGCUUUGAUGAAAUGUGGCUUCAUCUAACACCUCGUGGAGCUACCGUUCCUUACAACGUUUGUUUCGAUUCAGAAGGAAACGUUUGGGUAGCAACGAAAGGGGGCUUAUUCAAAUUCGACGGAACGCGUAGAACUACCAUAUGGGAACGAAAGAAUUUGUUCCCGAAGAAGAUGGCGCCUUUUCCACAGGUGCUGUUCCACAAGGAUAUGAUAGUCUACACUUGUGCUGAAGAUAAAGAACGAACAACGGAGUUGAGAUUUUUCACGAUGGCUGGUGAAAUGAAGCAUGAAAGUUUUAUAGAUGGAUUGCUGAUAUCUUUGACCAUUGCUGAAAACGGUGACAUGUAUGUUAGCAAGCAACCGGAGGGACCGAAAUCCGUUAUAUACAAGCAGCGAAUGGUAAUUAUUGACACGAAAGCUGGAAAAAUCAAGUCAUCUUUCAGCAAGGCGGGGAAAGAAGGAAGCGAUAUUUUCUUCCCUCGAACGAUUCGCAGGUAUGGUGAAGAUGUUGUUAUCAUGGAUAAGUCUGGUCGAUUCAUGCGUUUCACUGCAAAGGGGGAGUUUAAAGGCCUACUGGCAGAGAUUGACGCCUAUCUAGCUAAUGGUUUUUGCAUCAAAGAUAAUGCGGCACUUAUGGCUCUUAGCGGAGUUGUGUUAGACCAGGACAACCGAACAAUUUGCGACGACUGGUUAGAGUGGAUUAAUUUAGACGGCUCUUCUUGGAAGAAGCAAAGAGAAGAGAAGAAGUCCGCUACUCCUAACGCUAAAUAG